AUCAGAUUUCAUGUUCUACUGACAUUAGAUUUUCAUCAUUGAACUCUAUUCAACUCACACUACACGAAAAUUCAGUGCCGAAUACUACCGCCACCAUCAUAAUGCACACCCUCAAAUCCCUCCUCCUAACAGCCUUCACCCUAUCAUCCACCCUCACCACAACCGCCGCAACCACGACCAGCAGCAGCACCCCAACCUACAGCAUAACCGAACCCACCUCAGGCGCCAUAAUCUCCCUGAACACCGCAACCGUAAUAUCCUGGAACACGACCGCACCCAGCACCUCUAAACUCUCCAUCCACCUCUCCAAAACCACCAACGAAACAAGCAACCUCUACACCAUCGCGACCAACAUCUCCAACUCAGGCUCAAUCUCCUGGUCACCGCCAUCGCGCGUAGGGACAGGCUCAGAUUACAUCGUCGUCCUAGAACCCUCCUCCUCCUCGGAGACAUACACCUCACCCCCCUUCACCAUCUCAUCCUCCACCAACGCCUCGACAACAUAUUACCCCACCGAGGGGGAGAUCGUCAAGACAGGGCAAACAACAAUUAUUACCUGGGAAGUGGAGAGGAAUGUCUCCGAGGUGAGUAUUUAUCUCAUGGAGGGGGAGUUGAACAAUGGCAACGGAACUGCGGAUGGAAGUGGGCUGAAGAAUGUGACGACUAUCACGACGGAUAUUGCUAAUUCCGGGGAUGUGGCGUGUGUGUUGCCGGGGAGUGUGCAGAGUGGGGAUGAUUAUCGGUUUGCCAUUGUGGAUGUUAAGGAUGUGGGGAGGGUGAAGUAUUCGGCCGUGUUUGAGGUUGUUAAUUCAGGAGAUGAUUCGAGUUCAGAGGGUUCUUCUUCGUCUUCGACGAGUAGUGGAGAUGGGAGUGAGAGUUCGUCGAGUGGGGAUGGGUCUGGAUCUGCUACUGGGAAUGGGAAGGAGACUUCGGGUGCUGCGAAGCUUUGGUGUUGGGGCGGGGGUUGGGGAGUUGUUGGGUUGGUGGUCGGGUCUUUGCUGGUGUACGGUAGGAUUUGA